ACUUUCGUAAUGGGUUUCUUGUGCAGAGCGCCGCAGCGCACGCGGGGGGACCGAGCUUCUUCUUCAAGGGAGAAACUGAUGAAUGAGGGGAAAGCGGCCAAGCCCUGCCCCGCGUCUCACUAUCACUUCAAGCAGACUCGAGCUUUUUCGCCCGGGAGGGACACGUGGAAGAGACCGGGGCACCGAAGGAACUGUGUGUGGGAUUUAGUUCGUUGGUGAGGCUGCAGAUUGCAACCAGCUAGACGCCCCUGCGCCCCCGCCUCCCUUUCCACCCGUUUUGUGGAACCACAGUGGCCUUCAGGUGCAUAGUGUGGCCAUGCUGAGGUAGCAGCAGCCUCCAGGUCAGGAUGUCUGCUGAAGAAGAGGAGCCUCUGAACGGGAGGAAGACCACGAAAGAGAUUUUCUAUGUUACUGAUGAAGACGAGGACAGCGAUGAUGACAGCGAUGAGUGGAUACCUGACCAGCCCCACAGCGCCCCCUUCAGCUCCGACAAUGAGACUCAGGAAGGCGACGGGGCCGCGUGGCGGUGCACCCCGCCCCCAUCUACCUCACCUUCGGGGGAGCCUGUGCUCCAUCCGCCCUCCUCCCAGUCCGUGUCCAGGUCCCGCUCCAGGCCGGCCAGCCAAAGCCCCGCCUCUCCCUCCGCCCUGGCAGGAACCAAGAAGAGGAGCUCCAAACCGGCACACAUGAGACGCAACAUCAGGAAGUUACUGAGGGAGCAUCAGUUGGAGUCGGUGACCAAAGCCGCCCAGCAGGACGAGUUGGAGAGAAGGCGACGUCUGGAGCAGCACAGCAAGCAGGAUUUCCCCGUGCCACGACUGCCUGAAUACACCGCUGGUGAAGUGACGUCGUCAUCAUCGGUGGCGCAGCAAGAGGCGGAGUCGAUCCGACCGGGAGUGAUCUGCCUGGACUCCAGCAGCGACCAAGAGAGCAACGCAUCCGGCCGCGAUGCCUCGCAGCGCUCGCACAAACCCGACGUGAUCGAUCUAUGCUCGGGCGAGGACGACGCCCUCGUCAGCGUCGGCGGCGAGGAAGAAGAGAGCGAGCCGAGCGGCGUGCACAGCGACGACGCCCUCAACCUCCCCGACCCCCAGGGCAGGGUGCUGGUCAACUUGGGCCAUCCGACCGCAGAGAAGGACAUUUUCCUGCCGCCUCAGCUGGCGCGAGCAGUCAAACCUCACCAGAUCAGUGGAAUCCGUUUCCUCUACGACAACCUGGUGGAGUCGGUGGAGCGGUUCGGCAGCAGCAGCGGGUUUGGCUGCAUCCUCGCCCACAGCAUGGGCCUGGGCAAAACGCUGCAGGUCAUCUCCUUCAUCGACAUCCUGUUGAGACACACCCAGGCUCGCACCGUCCUCGCCAUCGUACCUGUGAACACGCUGCAGAACUGGCUGUCGGAGUUCAAUAUGUGGGUCCCGCCCCCGGAGGCGUUACCUCCAGAGACCGACCCGGGACGGGUGACUCCUCGGGCCUUCAAGGUUCACAUCCUCAACGACGAACACAAGAACACGGCGUCCAGGGCCAAGGUGGUGGAGGACUGGGCUCAGGACGGCGGGGUGCUGCUGAUGGGCUACGAGAUGUACCGCCUCCUGACGCUGAAGAAGAGCUUCGUGACUGGGAGGAAGAAGAAGGGCAAGAAAACUACGGGACCUGUCGUCAUCGACCUGGACGAAGAGGACCGGCAGCAAGAGCUGCUCAAAGGUAUUGAGCGAGCCUUGGCCCGGCCCGGUCCCGACGUGGUGAUAUGUGACGAAGGUCACCGCAUCAAGAACUGCCACGCCAGCACGUCGCAAGCCCUGAAGAGCAUCCAAACCAGACGCCGCGUGGUCCUCACCGGCUAUCCCCUCCAGAACAACCUGAUCGAGUACUGGUGCAUGGUCGACUUUGUCCGACCCGACUUCCUAGGAACGAGGCAGGAGUUCAGCAACAUGUUUGAGCGUCCCAUUCUGAACGGGCAGUGUGUGGACAGCACGCCUCAGGACGUCCAGCUGAUGAGGUACAGGAGCCACGUCCUGCACAGCCUGCUGGAGGGCUUCGUACAGAGGCGAGGUCAUGACGUCCUGAAGGACCAGCUUCCCUCGAAGGAGGAGCAUGUGAUCCUGGUGCGUCUGUCUCCCCUGCAGAGGGCGCUCUACACAGAGUUCAUGAACCGUUUCAGGGAGGCAGGAAACUCCGGCUGGCUCAGCCUCAACCCACUGAAGGCUUUCUGUGUCUGCUGCAAGAUUUGGAACCAUCCGGACGUGCUGUAUGAGGCCUUGCAGAAGGAAAACAUGGCCAGUGACCACGACCUAGACCUUGAUGACAUCCCUUCCACAGGUCUCACCCGAUGUCCAACCGCACCCAGUCAAAAGUCCAAGCCCAUUGAGAACCCCAACCCCAUUGGUGGACUAAGUCUUAACCAGCUGCAGGAGAAAGCCAAUCAGGUCAUCACUUACGAAUGGGCUAAGGACAUCCUGUAUGACUACAAGCCAGGCCACCUGGAGAACUCAGCGAAAAUGGUGCUGCUGUUCCAUCUGAUAGAGGAGAGCGUCAGGAAGGGAGACAAGAUCCUCGUCUUCAGUCAGUCUCUGUCAACACUGACAGUGAUUGAGGAUUUUCUGGCUAAGAGACCAGUGCCUCCAUCGCCCAACGCACCCAGCAGGGACCGACCCAACCAGAACUGGGUCCGCAACCUCAACUACUACAGACUCGACGGAAGCACGACGGCCUCAGAGAGAGAGAGGCUUAUAAACCUGUUCAACGCUCCGUCCAACACCUCAGCGUGGGUUUUCCUGCUGUCGACUAGGGCUGGUUGUCUGGGCGUGAACCUGAUUGCGGCGAAUCGCGUGGUGGUCUUUGACGCUUCCUGGAACCCGUGCCACGACGCCCAGGCCGUGUGUCGCGUCUACCGCUACGGCCAGAGGAAACGGUGCCAUAUCUACCGGCUGGUGUGCGACUUCACGCUGGAGAAGAAGAUCUACGACCGGCAGAUCUCCAAGCAGAGCAUGUCAGACCGGGUGGUGGAUGACCUGAGCCCUGUGCUGACCUUCACCAGGAGGGAGGUGGAGUCUCUUCUUCACUUCGUGGAUGAGGAGCCGGACCCCUCCCAGGUCCUACUGCAGUCCCACGACAGCGUGGAGAGCGUCCUCCGGAAGGCUCUGCACCUCUACCCUCAGCUGAUUACCAAGCAACCAUUCCCUCAUGAGUCCCUGCUGAUAGACCGCAAAGAGCUUAGGCUGACCAAGGUGGAGAAGAAAGCAGCAAGGAAAGGUUACGAAGAGGAGAAGAGGGCAUCUGUGCCAUACACCCGCCCUUCCUACGCUCACUACUACCCUGCCAGUGACCAGAGCCUCACCAACAUCCCUGCCUUCAGUCAGAGGAACUGGCGUCCACCUCCUCGGCCUGAGGAGAAGCCGGUCACCAGUGUCCGCCCGGUCCAGACAACCCCAGUUCCCAUGGUGCCCCGGCAGGCGUCUGCAGGCUCUGCUCCGAGAGACGACUCGUCUGAGUCCAGCAUCGGAGGCUUUCCUGUCAACUGCCUGCAAAAAGCCGGGGUGUUUGUACAGAGGAUCGUCACCACUUCUGAUAUCGUGAUUCCAGGCACCAACAGCUCGACUGAUGUCCAGGCCAGGAUCACAGCUGGAGAGAGCAUCCACAUCAUCAGGGGCACUAAAGGGACUUACAUCAGGUCCUCCGAUGGUCGAAUCUUUGCCAUCAGAGCAGCUAAUAAGGCCAAGACUGCCGAGGAGAUUACCACAGCGCCUCCAAAAGAAUCUCAGGCCCUACCCGAGGAAGUGUCAACCAAUAGCGGUAACGGUUGCCUGUCACCUGACGGGAAGAAGCAGCCCCGCCCCAUUUCACCCGACAGCCCGGAGAUCAUCAGCGAGUUGCAGCGCUACACGACUGGCACGGCAGCCGGCACCGCCUUAGGCUCCGGGGCUGCGCCGGAGACGGCAGCAGAGGGCAGCGUGAGCCACCUGCCUGCCGCCAAAACGGCCCCGACCAACGGCAGCGGUUUUGCACCCCGAAAUCUGAGCCACCAUGAUGCCUCUGUGACUAACGUAAUCCAGCCCACUGUAGCCCAAGACCUGAGGGCAGGCUCCAAGCGCAAAGCCUGCAGCCCGUCCCCGGAUGAGCGUCCCAGUAAGCAGCCGUCCACAGGCCAACACUCCUCGGCCCCUCUGGCCCCACAAGGCUUCCCCUUCACCGGGGGCUACGGCCUCCCUUCUCUGGGCCUCAGCCCUGCCGUGCUGGGUGGCACACUGGGGAACCCGCUCUUCGUGGGGGCGGGCUCGCCUUACUUCCCGCCCCCCCACGCUCAACUGAGGGACCCCGGCUACAUGUACCCGGAUCUGUUCGGCUUCGGCGGCGCCGCAGCCUCCUCCUCUUCCGCCUCCUCGUCCACGACGACUACUGCGCCCGCCGCCUCAUCUUCCUCGGCGGCGGCCAAAGCCGCCAGUUCCGUCCCAGGAGCACUGCCGCCGUUCAUGCUGAGCCCCAGCAUGGUGGGCAUGGCCGGGAUGCUCAUGCCAGGCUUCCCUCUCUCUUACAGUCAGUCCCUGGCUAGCCUGUACACGGGGUCGAUGCUCCCCGGUGGCCUGCCGUGUCCGGCCGCCACCCCAGGUCCAGCCGGAGCCAGCUUCCUCUCCCAGUUCCCUUCCAGUGCUGCUGCCUGCAGUUCCUCCUCAUCUUCUCCUUCGUCCUUCUGCCCCUCUGUGCGGUCCGAGGACCACCGGGGCACGGUGCUGGUGAAUGGCAGGAACGGCAGCGGCGGCGGCAGCAGUUCCGACGAGGACGAUGACGUCGUUGAAGUGAGGGGACAGUGACGGGCGAAUGAGAGACAAUCGCCGCCGCUGCUGCUCUCUACUGCCUUGGAGAAAAAGGUCUGAAUGUCCAGCCUUUCUUCAUCCCCAAAGAGCGUCAAAUCUUAAUGAUGGAUAUCAAAAGAUGAAGCUUGAGCAAGAAGAAAACGCUGCCGAUUGGGGAAGAAAAUAAAAAUCUGAAGACUCUUUCAAGUUACUCUCAAAUACAAGCAUUGAAAUAAUACUGUGGAGUUUGGGCCUGCUGUGACCACAGAUGGCCACUAGUUGUGGCGUUGGAGACUAGUUGUGCAGCUUUGCUAAAUGUGGACUUUACUUUUUCUUUUCCAAUUAAUAAGAUGACGUCGUUUGAGUUGCUUGAUCAUUGGCUCAGCUGGUAGUAACAGUUGUUUAAAUAUCAGUAUCUGAAAUGGUAUUGUUAAUCAGUAGUUGAAUAUUGCUACUGUUUCUUCAAAUGGUGAAAAAGGUAAAAAGCUCAAACAGAACUUAUUAAAAGCAUUUUAAUAGAACUUAACAAUUCACUGCCAGGACAGGGGUAUUGUAUGUUUUUGGCUGAAGUUAAAGACAAUUACUGAAACCUCAAAUUUCCUAUGAAAGAAUGUACGCUUAAUCAAAUGCCUUCAAACCAGGCCUUUUUCAAAUAGACUCUUUCUAUUCAGGCCUCAGACGAGGUAAGAUCUGAUUUUUCUUUUGUUUUUUUUGCAUUUUAUAAAUACACAGAAAAACCAUUGCCUAAAAGCAUCCAGGUGAAAAUGAGGAAAACAAAACUGUUGUUGUGAGGUGUCCUCCUCGUAGCGGAGAAACCACCAACAGAAAAUGCCUUUUUGCCUCCAUCUUUCUGAAUGUUAACUGUGAGAGAAGAGAGCGGCCCCUGCGACUCUCUGGAUCUCACCCACAGUCUUACUGUAGCCUAGCGAAAAGCGAUGCAAAACACUCACUCAAGCCUAUAUACUGUUUGUGUUGGUAGAGCCCCAGAGGAAUUACUCUUGCAAACCGCCGCUUUGGUUACGCUUGUGUCGUCACUGUGUCCGUGUGUCGUGUUCUUGAGGGUUACAAAAGGAAUCGUUUAAAGGAAGCGGAAAUAUUGAAUCUCUCGUUUUGUUCCUUUUUGGUAACGGGGAGAAGCUGCUCUUCUGUUUUUAUUUCCCAUGUCUGAUCUCAUUUUGUGAACCCAAACUGUUUUUUUUUUUUUUCUUUGAACGGGACGGUGUAGCUUUGCCAACAUUUUAGAAAUGCACAAGCACAUCGGGGACCUGCAUCAAAGAGGAUCGUGUCUUAGGAGACCAAACGAUGUAGAGCAGAUUUGAACUCCAGCGCAGCGGCACGGCCUUUCUGCAGCCUCCUCCCAGUACAUAUCCAUCCCUGUGUACCACCUCGCAGGGUCACACUGUCAAAGAGACACAAACCUGUACACAAUCUCUGGGAACGCUUCACAUGAACGAGUUCCCUUUUUGAUUUAACCAUAAUGAAUCGUUCUAAUUGAUCCCUUCUGAUCACACAAACUGAUCUGCUAUGGUCUGCACUGUCUGUGUGGAAGAGCUUCUCCCAAAAAGCUUUCAGAAACGGCUUUAACAACCCACCAGUUCUCCGGUUGAACAAGAGCAUUCAUCAUCAAGUAAAAACUCAUCAUUUCCUGUUCCUUUUCUUCCAUGUACAUUUUAGUUUAGGCUUUAGUGGUCUUCUUUUUACAAAAUUUGAAUUUACCAAAUGUAUUUAUUGAUGACUGCAUAUUUAUUCAUUUGUAUUUUUGUACUGUUCUCUUUUUCGCUGCGUUUCUUUAUCUUGUUUGUCAUAGUUUUAUUGUCAUCUUACUAGUGUUGUUACUACAGAUGGAAAUCUCUACGGUUUCUUGUGAUUUUAAUUUUAUUCCGUUUUUUUGCCGUGACUAUCUGCGAGUAAGACCCAGCACAUGUGGACCAAUCAAUAAAUGCGUUACUGUGCACAUUUAAAGAGCGGGUAGCAUUUGUAAGAAGGGUAAAUUGAUGAUCAUAUCCUAUUUGUGAUAAGUCUGAUCAGCUCAUAAUUCUGAGUAACCGAAAAGAGAAAAAAAGACAUCAGCGAUAAGAUGAUAAUGAUGUGAUAACAAGCUUAAAACCCUUUUAAUCUGUACGAGCUCAGAUUCCAUCGUUUGGAAUAUUGGGCCUGUUCAGUGUAGUUCAGUUUGAUUGCUAAUUUGAAAUUACGCGAGCCAUUGGUGUGCAUGUAAACAAACUCAUUCACUAGUUAGGGGUCACAAAGUGAAGCAGUCCAACCACUCGCUGGCAAAAAAAAGAGAGAAAAUAAUGCUAUUGAGUGUUUUUUCUGUGGUUCUACACCAUAUCACCGGAAAUGUCCAUGUGUGUCGAUGGAAAACCGCGAGUUUCUUCUGUGUUUGUUUGUCAGCUCUUUAUUUGUCUGGCUGAACUUUUAUUUCACAGCUUUCUACUUGAAUUUACGUAUUUAUUUAUACAAAUCAAUUGGGUCGGACAAGGCGAGCCAACUGUCUGAAUUCCAUUUUAGCCUAGUAGAUUAAAGCCGAUCCCUUUGAGGAACGGCUGUUGUCAAAGCCCGUCGCGUAUAAUGUGUAUGACCGUGGAUUACUUUUAGAUCCAUUUUUUUUUUUUUGCUGAUUGAAGUUUGUAAGUAAAAAAAUAAAAAUGUUCCAAAUUA